AUGGAAGAGCAAGGGUGCAAGAGCUGCGAGCUUUUCAACGUUGACUUUUGUGAGAAGUUCAACAACCAGGUCGAUAUGUCCGUCGGAGUCGUUGACCAGCAGCAGCGCCAGAUCUCUCGGAUCAUUCACCACACCAGGGAUCUGAUCGAAGAGAAGUUUGUAGAUACCAGGCGUGCGGUCGAUCGCGUUGUCAAGAUGCUUGGCAAUGGAGUGCGCGCUCAUGCAAGCUGCAGCGAGGAGAUGGUGCAGGAGUGGGACAAGGGUCAGGCGCUUGGCAAUGACAAGAUCCAGAUUGCGCAAGCCAACAAGCGCAAGGUGCAAGCCAGCAAGCUCCUCGACUGGCAAGUGGACGUGGAGAAAAGCCACAAGGAGAGGAUGGCACACUGUGCAAUUGAGGAGGUAGAUGCUAUGGGCACUCGAGCCCUGCGCAAACUUACGGAAUUUACCGCCUUCGUCGAGGGGCUUCGAGACCCCAGCAGCCACUAG